AUGGCUACCAAAUCAGGUUCAAUGAAGUUCCUAAUGAAGACUGUGGUAUUGGGCAUUCGGCCUGAAAAAAUUGAAGCUGCGAAGAAACAACUGUCAGAGAUCCACCCAGAGGUUUUGCUCUUCUUACAUAAGAUCAAGAGAUUGUCAGUGCGUGGAAAAAAUAGCUGUCCUUUAUUAGCGGAUUCAAUGUCUUCAAUUUCUAUCUCUAGUGAGAUUAAUGUUAUUCCUUUGAGGAGUCAAGGUGCAAGUUCCUGUAUACUCCAUCUUUCGGUUCAGGAGGAAAGAGGUGCACCUGAAGCCACUUGCAGCUAUUACUUGUAUAGACGAGCCUGCCCGGUGAAACCUGAGAAUGUUGUGGAUGCUAGGAAGGACUUGAAGGAGAUGGUAAUAUCUCUAGCCUUCCCAUUUGGAGAGAGACUGAAAAGGGGGACUUCUUCUGUUGGCAUCUUUGCUUUCCUGCCAACGGCAAUGGUUACAAGUUUUCCAGUUAUAAUUCAGGCAGACUUCCUUCUUGCAUCUUCAAGGGAAGCAAUAGUAAUGGACAGUAAGUGGAACCUGGGAAUUCUUGGCCAUGUUCCUUCCUGCUUUGUUAGUGCGCUUAUUACUUGUAUGAAAUCUGCUGAAACUGCUGAGUUUUUUACUGGUGCUCGAGUGCUUGAAUUUUUGCCUGUGCAUAACUCUCCUUUCAAAGAGCUGAAUAGAGUGAGAGAGUCCAUCAGAGCCGUGUUGAUGUCAGAGUGCACUGCUCCUUAUGAGUCAUUCUGUAACAAGCAAAUGGUUUUUUGCGAGCCAACCAAAGCAAUAAGGAUCUUUCCAGAAUUUCGCAAGAUCCUGCUCCGCAUUAAGGGACAGAAUGUUUCUCUGAGUGGUAUUUCUUCCCAAGGGAAGUUUGUGCUACAUAAUUCUGUGGACCACCCAAAAUAUGAUGAGGUUUGGGAGUUUCUUGGAGUUCCAUCUGCGUCUGAUAGUUAUGAUGUGUACAUGGAGCUUCUUUGCUUUCUGGCCACCAACUGGAAACGGUUUCCACAUUACAGUGUUAAUAGCAUACCUCUCCUGAAAUACAUUGCUUGGAAUGGGGAAACUUUAUCAUGUAGUGUUCUACAAAUCAUACGAGAAUCGUUAAAGGUUCAUCUUGUUUGGGACGCAGAAGAACAUGCCUGGUUAAAUAAAUGGAACUUAGAAAUGGGGUGCCCAAAUGAUAUGUAUUUCUGUCCUGAUGCAUUGAUAGCUUCUCUUCUGGGAGUUUGGAGAAAGUCUGCCUUGAAGAACUAUAUUGGAUCCAACUCCAUUUCCAGAAUUUUACAGUCUAUGCCAGUGGUUGACAAGUUUGGGAAUGUAACUCUUUGUACUAGGAUACUGGUGCCUGCUUCCAUGAGCACAUGGGUGAAGCUGUUUGGUUCCAGCAAUCCAUUUGUCAGGGAUUUUGCGAUGGAUAAUAGUGAAAUGAGAGAGAAACAAGAGCCUUUUGAAAUGAUGGAUAAGGAAGAUGAAGCAAAUUGUGCUGAAUAUAUUGAACUAGGAGAGGGUUAUGCUUCAGCUACUGAGUUUGCAGGGGAAUUGACACCACCAAGGGAACUAUCAAACUUCUUUGUACAGCAUGCCAAAGCUGUUGAUUUACCUCAUAUAGUACCUCCAGACAUGGCACUACAAGUAGCUUCCACUCACCUAACUAGAGAUCAGGCUAUAUUACUUCUGGACUGGAUCCGGAAUUUGAGAGCUAAAGAGUAUGCUUCCCAAACAGACAGAAGCCAGCUGAAGAAGUAUGAUAUGCCUGCAAGGUUCAUCAAAAGCAUACGUAGGGGGGAGUGGAUGAAGACGUACUCUGGCUUUAGUUCUCCAAUGCAGUGCUAUCUUUAUGAUAGAGCUGAGAAUUCUACUCUCUUGGAAAUAGGAAAAACUCUCAUGGUCUUAUCAGCUAUUAAUGAACAGUAUUAUCAAGACCGGAUCAGUUCUUACAAGGAUGAGUUGAUAUUCGUUGGUGUAAAAAUCGGGACAGAGAAUAUGUAUCAGCUCAUAAUUGAUUACCUUAAAUCUCUUGCUUCCUCUCCUAUGAGUAGGAAAUUGGCAAUUUCGCUUUUAAGGUUUAUUCGUUAUUCAAAGGCCAAUGAUAGUCUUGAUGAAGACUUGAUCAAAACUCUCAAAAAUGGGGAAAUGGCUGAGGACACAUCAAGAUUCCCUGGAGAUCUCUCCAAGUUUACUAAGGAUGCUGUCUUCCUGUUGCUUAAAUGUAAUCCCUCAGAAUCUCUUUUGUCCAAUCCCAAAUGGGUUCACUUACUUGAUAUUGUUCCUUUACCCGUCAUUGAUGAAUCCUACUAUGGAGACAGGAUUAGUUCAUACAAGGCAGAACUGAAGGCCAUUGAUUGCAUUUUGUAUGAUUCCGAAUGGGCAAAAGUUUCUCACUUUGUUGAUCUGCCUCUCAUUGAUGAGGCCUUCUAUGGUGUUGAGAUCUACUCUUUCAACAAUGAACUGAAGUUGCUAGGUGUUGUAAUUGAUUUCAGUGAAGGAGCUCAUUUUGUUGCGAGAGGUUUGAAGUUACCAUUAGAACAGUCAUUAGCAACAGCAGAGUCUGCUCUUGCAUUGCUUCAAUGUGUCACCUCCUUACGAAAUAGUUGCAAGCCCUCUGAACAGCCACUGCCUGAACCUUUGUUGGAAAAAUUAAAAAGAGAGAAAUGGUUGAAAACGCACAUGGGGUACAGAUAUCCAGAUGAAGCUCUUCUUUUCAAUUCAGAGUGGGAAGGCCAUUUAGAAGAAUAUGAUGGACCUUCAUUGAUCAAAGUUACUAUGGGAAACUUAGUUCUCUGGGAAUAUGAUGGGGCUACAGGUGGAGGAAAAUGGGUGGGUAGUUGGGACUGUGUGCUUCAUGAUAGAGACAAUCUCUUUGGCCAUUGUGUACAUGCUCUUGAUAAAUAUUAUGACAAGCAAUUGCUCACUUUUCUGUCAACGGCUUUUGAAGUUGCUGAAUUUCCCACUCUUGAUAGGUAUAUUGAUCUCUGGGACGGCUGGGUGGGAGGUAAGCAACAAGCAUGCCCGGUAAAGUUGAACUCCUUUUGGAAUUACAUAUCAGAACACUGGAAUCCUUGUACUGAAAUGGCUCUCAAAAUUAGUAUGACCAUGUUACCUGCGAUGGAUAUCUCCGGGAAGGUCAUGUUAGUGGAGAAAGAAGAAUUGUUUAUCCCUGAUGACAUGCAUCUUAGAAUGGCAUUCACAGAAGCUAGUGAAAAGCCACUCUUUGUCUGGUUCCCACAAAAUGGAUUGCCAGCCCUUUCACGAAUAUAUGAAAUAUAUGGAAGUCUUGGAAUUCGUAAAAUAUCUGAAUCUGUUGAGUUCUCUGUAAAUUUGAAAAGCUGGAAUCUGAAGACAGCCUGA